AUAUUUCAUUUUCUUUUAAAACAAAGGAAAUGUAUUCGAACAAUAUGGUGUGUGAGGAUUCAUACUUCGAAUGGAAAUUGGAAUUCGAAAACCGUGCUGAAAUUCGUAGUAAAGUAUUCGGAUCUUAUGAAAAAUGGUGCUUAGUCUUUAAUUAUCACCACCCUAGUGCCAGUUUCCAGUUUUAUAGGGAAUCAUGUGGUAAUAAACUUCAAAUAAAAGGAAGAAUUACGAUUAAAUAUCACACUUAUAUGUUUAAAGAAAUCAGCAGAAUGCUGGACUUUACUAUAAACGAAGACAUUAAACACGAGGAAAUUCUUUCUCUUGAUAUGCUGAUGUUAAGCCAAAGAACAGCGGAUGUAUCAUGCUAUAUAUGUGUAGCAAAGUUAUCGGAAGAAACGGAAAAAUCAGUGCAAACAUACAGAGAUCUCCAAAGUCCUAACAGUUUGACGCCAAUGUCUGCACUGGACAUGAAAAGUAUCUUUGGUGUCUGCCGCGAUAUGCAGGCAAUGUUUGAAAAUCGUAAACACUCCGAUUCCAUUCUUCUCUGCAACGACAUCGAAAUCCGUGUUCACAAGUGCAUACUUGCGGCCAGAUCACCAGUAUUCGCUCAGAUGUUCGACGAUGUGAUGACCGGAAACGUUGAGAGUAAAAUUAUCGUCACAGAAGUCGAUCUCCAAGUCUUAAAGGAGAUGCUUCAGUUCAUCUACACUGGUGAAAUAAAUCUGCGUUCUCAAUCAAUGGCUUGUGAUAUGUAUUGUGCUGGCGACAAGUACGCUAUAUUGGAUCUUAAAAAUAUGUGCCGAGAAUUUAUUAUUUCUUCCUUGUCUACUUCGACAGCUAUUGAUAUGCUCAUUUUAGCUGAUAAAUAUCACGAUGAAGAGCUCAUGAAAGGAACUACAGAAUUUAUUGCCAGUGUAUUCGAAGAUAUUAAGAUUACCGAAGUGUGGUCUAAUUUUCUGCAAAACAUUUGUUUAAGAAAAGAAUCGUUACUUUCUGAGGAUGAUAAGCAUCCUCAAAGCCUUAAUGCUAAAUAAGAUAAUUUCCAUUAUUAUUUACAGUAGCAUGCAAGUUUCUCAUUACACGAAAUUUUUAUCGAUAUAAUUUAGAAAUUUUGUGAUUAUAUAAUGAACUUAAAUGAAUAGUUUAGCAUUUUGAGGACAACAGUGUACUUCUCCCUUCAGGUAAAGAAAUUCUAUAUUAUACGCUUUAUUACUCAAUGGCCGACUGAUAAAGUUCACAUCAUUGGUUUCUUUCCUAGGAGUAAGCUUUAUUUUCAUUGGUAUGCGUAUAACCCAAAAUUUUGCUUUGUUAUACAGGAAUUAUGAAAACAAAAUGAUAUUUUUAAAACCGUUUAUUCUUAACAAUUUAUUAAAAUUUCUUUAAUUCUUACCACAAAACAAAAAAUGAAUGAAUAUUAUCAUAAGCGAAUUAAAAUGUAAAUAUAGCAUUUAAUUACAAGGACUGGAAGCAGAAUUUGCCAAUAUGCAACCUUUAUCAGCUAAACUUAUAUAAUUACUUAUUUUAGCCUCUAUUUUCAUAAACUUACAUUCAUUAAGAUUACAUUUUUAUUAUUAGAGAAAGCAAGAAAGAAAAAUAUCUUAAAUUAUAGGCUAAUAUGUUUCAAGUGACAAUAAAUCUCAUGACCGGAUUAAGUCGAUCAUGCCGCUCAGAUGGUUAAAUUUGAUAUCAUGAUAUUUAAAAAAAAUUUGGUUAAAUAACGAUUCUUCUUCUUUUUAUGCCUUAUGAAGCCUGUGUUUCCCUUCGGUACCUUGUGCUCCUACGCAUGCACAGUGCUACUUCCAAUAAAAUUGAGGACACAUUCACACUACCCCAGAGAGAACGUCAUUUCAGUAUUCAGUAAUAGUCACUAUCCUUUAAUUAAAACCUUUUAUAAAUUCUUCAGAAUGUAGUUGGUGAUAAAAUUUCUCAGGAAUCCAUAUCUCCAAGGAUUCUUAUUGCAGUGAACCAAGAGACAGCCAUUAGAUCUAUGUCUCCCAGUUUCAACUUCUCUAGCAUAGUGCCUCUGGCCCUAUAGUAAUUUUUACAAUAAAUAAUUGCGUGCUGAGUGCUGUCAGCAUAUAACACUUAUCACAGCAAUGUGAUAUAGCAUCUGCA